AAAAAAAAAAAAAAAAUAACACUUCAAUUCAUAGGAGCUGGAUAAGCUGGGGAAAAUACAAAAUCUUAAUUUUUCUCUUUGAGAACAAAGUCAUCCGGAAGGCUUUUAAAGAAAUGUAAAGGUUAUUAAGGACAAAUGCAGUGUAUUGCAGUUCAUAUUCAGUACCAGCAGGGGGAGAUGAUGCGCUUCAGCGCUGGUUUCCUCCGCAACAGCAGCGUCGCAGAAGAAGCAGCAGAAGAAGCGUUGUUAUGGUGAAACUGACCUGAGAAUAAACUUCUCUUCUUUCGGUUAAGCAGUGGAGAGCACGAUGGAGGAGGAGUGUGUGGGCGGAGGAGGAGAAGCUCUCCUGCAGCUCCACCUGCUCUGUGAUCCUCCAUCUUCCUGCACAGUGUCCGUCGGGACCGAUCUGUCCAUGGCCGACAUCUCGCACCUCCACGCUGAAGUGUGUGAGCUCAGAGAGCUGGUGUCUGCACUGGAGGAAUCGUUACGGCGACAAAAAGCCAUAAACACUCGUCAGGAGGUGCCGGGAGCUUCGCCAGCGCUGUGCUCUAUGUGUAAAUCUGAUCUCAACACAGCAGAAGUGCGAGACUCGGCACAGAGUGUGUGUGGUGAGCGCGAGGAGUCCGAUGUAGACUGCGCACCACACACUCCUCUGACCAUGUGCUCGGUGAAGCUGGUGGACUGUAGGACCGUGGAGCCGAUCCCGCCCGUCACGAAUAAUGAGGAGGAGGAGGACGGGGAACCGAGCGCUAACGACGAGGACGUAAUUCCCCACACUGACAGCGACGAUGGAAAUUGGUCGCCUGCGUCAGAAAGAAAACAACCACGUGUUAACAAACUCAAACCCCAAACGAGGAAAGACGCGGGACCCGGGACGAGCUGUAAGGACCAGGUUUCUGAAGUGAACGGAGACGUUAAGGAGACGCGUACGGAGGCCGAGGAACCGAAGAGCGACUGCGGUGUUCAAGAGAGACUGUUCAAGUGCUCGCAGUGCAACAAAAGCUACGGUACGGCGCCAAGCCUGCGGAACCACAUGAAGAGACACGCGAAGGAGCUGAGGUUCUGCUGUGACGAGUGCGGGAAGGGGUUCGUGACGUCGGCCGAGCUGAAGCUGCACACGAGUCGACACACGGGUGUCAGCGGCUUCGUGUGCGAGGUGUGCGGACAAAACCUGGCCGGCUCGUCGGGCCUCAAAGCACACAUGCUGACGCACAGCGACGAGAGACCGUUCCCCUGCAGGGAGUGCGGAAAGAUGUUCCGGACGAAGGGGAACCUCAAGGCGCACCUGAGGACGCACACCGGGGAGAAACCGUACCGCUGCUCGUACUGCGAGCGCACGUUCAGCCACGCGCCACGCGUCAAGGUUCAUGAGCGCUCGCACACCAACGAGAAGCCGUUCAGAUGCCAAACCUGCGGGAAGACCUUCUCACGCCUGGACAGUCUCCGGUCGCACGAGAGCGUCCACACCGGCCUGAAGCCGUACCAGUGCUCGCACUGCGGGAAGAGCUUCCGACAAGCCAGCCACCUGCUCUGUCACGAGAGGACACACACCGGAGAGCGGCCGUACCUGUGCUCCGACUGCGGGAAGAGCUUCUCCAGCCACGGGCACUUCCGCAGCCACCGGCGCAUCCACACUGGCGAGCGGCCCUACCAGUGCACGGCGUGUGGAAAGAGCUUCAGGAAGCAGUUCACCCUGCACCAGCACAGCAAGACGCACACCGGAGAGCGACCGUACAAGUGCACGCAGUGCGACAAGAGCUUCGCCCGGACGUGCACGCUGAAGCAGCACCAGAGAAUGCACUCGGGGGAAAAGCCGUACCAGUGUGCCAUCUGCGGAGAGAAAUUCGCCUUCCUUAGCUCGCUACACCAACACCGGAAAAAACACGGCCAAGACGCCGUAAACGCGCGGUCCCACGCCACAGGGAUCGCCUCAGGAACUUCACAGGAAACGCCGACAGCCUGUAGCCCGACGGGAAAUUAGGUGGGGAAAGGUUUGGGGCGGCCAUUUUAUGGUGACGGUCGUUAGUUUGAAGGCUGUGCAGGCGGCUCAGAGCCAUUCAGUGCAAUACGGAACUCAUUACAGCUCCACAAUCAUCCAGGUAUUAAACAGCCGAGUACAUGCGUAUAGUGUGCAUGUGUGUAUAGUGUGUGUUUUUAAGACUUAGCCUUAAAAAUAUUCCAGGUCUAUAAAUCAUCAUAUGUUUAAUAGCUUUUUUUCUCCAUUGGUAAGUGUGUGGUCAGAAAUCAGGUCUUUCUUUUGUUUGAGUAAAGCCUUAAUCCAGAAUGUGAAGCUGAUCAUAUUUAUAUUUGAUGUGAAUGAAUAAAUAGAUCAGUAAAUACCAUAA